AUGAGCACAUUCGACUUACAACUUGAGGAUUAUGUGAAAAGUGUCGCUGAUAGUAUUCUCACAAUCCUCACCAUAAGCAAAGAUGAUAGCGUACGUAAAGCUGCUUGGGACAUCACAGGUGUAAAGAAUAAUUCCGAAUUAGCAACUCGUGUGCAGCAUGAUUUACAAAACUUUUUCGAAUAUGCAAACAAAAAAAAACACGAAAGUACCUUCCCGAUCGAUUCUCAAACACCUCUAACCAAUCCCGUUCGCCAUAGAGAAGAUGACUGUUUCAGUGAAUGCACUUCGGAAGAAGACAUGUUCUCUGAGUCCAGCUGUUUCUCUAGUGAUGAGUGUCCAUCUACCGAAUCACCAAGAUGUUUUUCAUCAUCUGACGGUGUGAUAUCACACAAAGAGGAUGACAUGUUCAGCUCAGAUGGUUCGGAAGAGUUCCUUGGCCAAGGCGAUGCAGCGACCAAAGCGAUUCCUAAUACAAUACCCAUUGAUGACAUCGAUUACAUCAAUCCUUUUGUGAAUGCCUUGAAAGUAACCUGUACAGAAGAAGUCAAUGAGAGAGAAGAAGAUGAAGAGUGUUGGAGUCAGGAAGAUAUGCUAUCGCAUCGUGAGGAAAUCUCCUGCUUCUCCUCAUCUUCCAAAGAAUACAUGGAUCUGCGCAUGGAGGACGAGCCGACAGUGCCAUCGACAGAGCCGAACGGGAAUGGACGGGUCUUAGCCAUCGCUGGGUGUACAAACGCGGGGAAAACUACCAUAGCAAACUUGUUAAUUGACAUAUUUGUUGAAGAAGGAGCAACAGUGGAACUGGUGCAUCAAGACGACUACUAUCUAGAGAAAGAGAAGGUAGAGAAGGUACCAAGAAAGGCAGGAGACUCUUCCAUUUUCUUCUUCAACUACGAUUGUGCAACUUCUGUCGAUCAGGAUAAAUGUGUUGCUGCUAUUAACGAGGCUAGACAACGCAGUGAUUAUGUUAUUGUUGAGGGUAACAUGAUCACUGAAAUCAAAGACGUGCUUGAUUUGUGUGAUAGAAUAGUGUUCUUGACUUUAGAUCAGAAAACAUGUCGACGACGUAGAACUACGCGUCAUUACGAUCCUCCGGAUGAUGAAGGCUAUUUCGAUGAAGUGGUCUGGCCGGCUUACCAACGACAUCUCCAGAAAGCUUUAGCUUUGGCACGUGAAGAUCGUCGCUUCAGCUUUUUGGAUGUUAGUAGCGAUUCAGACCAACCAGAUACAGAAAUCAUGAUGUCAUUGAUUCACUCCUUCUCUGAUGAUUUCAUUAGGAUAUGUUUUGAACCGAUUGAUAUUAAUGAAGCUGUGAAACUCAUCAACAGUCCUUCAUGUGGAGCAACUUCAGUUUUUGUGGGGACAACACGAGAUACCUUCAAUGGACGUAUUGUUGUUCGUCUGGACUAUGAAAGCUAUGAUGAGAUGGCAUAUAAAGAAUUACGUAAGCUCUGUGCUGCUGUGAGAGAAAAAUAUCCUUCCGUUGAGCGAGUUGUUAUAUUUCAUCGAAUAGGCGAGGUGGCAGUGGGUGAGACUUCGUUAGUGAUAGCCACUGCAUCCCCACAUAGAAAAGAUGCUAUCCAUGCCACGGAAAUGGCUAUUGAUGAACUUAAAAGAACUGUACCCAUUUGGAAGAAAGAAGUUUACGAAGAUGGAGGAUGCUCGUGGAAAGAGAAUGGUGAAUGGUCAGGGGGUGAUCGACGUCAGCCAUGUACAUCCACUGAAGAGAAGAGCUUCGCUCAAGCAAAUAGAAAUCGAGAUGCUAAUCGGAAAGUUUUCUGGCUACGCCAAAUGGUUCGUCAGAUGAAAACUUCAUAA